AUGCUGAUACCUGGUUCUUAUUCUCUGAGGCAGUCGGCCGCUACUGCUAUGCUGUUGAGAUCCAGCAAUAAUUCCUGCUUUACUCAUCGAUCCUCCUCCGUUUCUACCUUGUUACCACUGCCAUCUGUCAGCUACUGCACACGGACUUCGACGACGACAGCCCUUCACUUGGCCUUUUCCACUAGCACCAGUACUGAUGGUUUGUCUUCUCUAGUCUCUUCGGUAUUCUCGGUCACCAAUUCGUAUCAAGAUACUACCAAGACACUUGGUAUUUUGGCUGCCUAUUCUCUGGUAGCCAAUCUCUUAUACCUUGCAAGACGAGCCAACCUUCGACAAAUGACCAUUCGAGAGCUCUGGAAGAUUCGGACGACACGAGAAGAGGGGGUGAGUCGGCCAUUGUUUGCAGGCAUGCUCAUGGCUUGGCAAAUGUUGGUCUUGGUCUUUCCCAUUGUGGAACCUUGUGUGAGAUUUGGAAGUUCCUUCCAGGAAUUAUUAUUUGGAAGCAAUACUAGAAACCCAAAACAGCCAUCAAAUCCCAAGAAUAGCAAUCGGCCGGGUUGGACCAUUUUCUUUUAUUCGUACCCAAAGGCUCAAGGUGGUGGCUACAUUUUGGAACCAUUGGCUUGCCAACAUUUGGGCUCCAAUCAGCGGGCCAGACAACAAAUUCGAUUUGACUGGCACAGUUUCAAGUACAACACUGGGCCUCUAGGGCGAGACGGCUUUCGACAUCCACCUACCAUUGAGAGGAAUUUGCCGCACAUUGAUAUUCCAAGGUAUCAAAUGAAGCAUUGGCCCUGGAGAAGGUGCUACAAGAUUCCAGACGAUGAAGAGGAUUGA